AUGAUAGAGAUAUCAAUUUCGUAAAUCAGCUUAAAAUAAGCAUUGGGCAAUUGCUAAAUCAACAUUGGAGUCAAAUGCGGUACAUUUCUUAAAUAUAAUCAGGUGAAAGGAAAGAAAUAUUGUAUUAAUAGUUAUCAUCAACUCAAAAAAUAAUCAAAUAUUCCUAGCCUCAUCAAUAUGUAUUUGACACCCAAAACACUAAAUUUGUAAACCUCUAGUCAUUAUAAUACUUAGCUCUAAUUUUAUAUUGAAACCCCUGAUGAACAAGGGUACAUCAAACUUUUAGGAAGUUCAAAACUCCUUAUUAAUGAUGUCCAAGGAAGAGAAGUAUCUCAUAAAAUCGAACUUGAACAUGGUAACAUUAUGAAUCUCGUAUUGCGAUGCACUACAGAAGUACGAAACUCUGCGAAAUAAAUCCCUGUUAUCAACAAUAGGAUGGAUAAUUAUCAUAUGAUGUCAGUAAACAAGUCAGAACCAAUCAUAAACAAAAAACGUUAUGGAAGUCCUUAGCCCAACAAAAAUUAACCAUCUCGCUCCCCUUAACAUAAGAAAUUACCACCUUAACCGCAACCUCAACCUGUUGUGAUGUAAUAAUAGCAACAAUUUCUGCAAUAACAACCACAAUAACAAUUACUAUAACCUACUAGCAGCAAUUUAAGUAAAAGUAGUGCUUCAAGCAUAAAACAAUAAAAAAUAUUGGAAGAUUAUAAAUAAAUUAUGCAAAAUAGCAUACUCGAUGAAAGCGAAGAAUUUCAAAGUAGUCCAGAUCACAGAAUAGAUCCACCCUAACCUAUUAUGGAAUUUCAAAAUAAAAAUAGUGUUACUCCAAGAUAGAGUUCUAGAUAAAUUGACGAAAUCCAAUUAGCAUAAUACAAAUAAAUGGUCAAAGAAUUAUCAUUACUACUUGAUGUCUAAUAGGACUGUGAUUCCAUUGUUUAUGCUGUAUAAUAGUUGUUAUAGAAAUACAGAGCUUAAAGUGAGUAAAUUAUGAAAAUAUAAUGCGAUAAUCAAAUAUUGUUCAGUCAAUAUAGCAGUCUAUAAUAACAAAAAAGUCUUAUAGAAACGAAGUCAGACGAAUUCAGAAAUCAGAUUAAAUCAAAAUUAAAAACAUACAAAACCUUAUUUGAUGAAAAUGUUUCACUUAAAAAUCAACUUAAAGAUGAUCUCUAAAAAAUAGUUGAUCUUAAUAUACAGAUUAGAGAAUUAAAGGGAGAUCAAUAAGAAAAACAAUUAAUAGACUCUGAAAUUCAAACUCUAAAGUAACAAAUAGAUAAAGUGGCUUCGAAUGUUGAUCAAAAAUAGUAUGAUUAUGCAAUACUAACUGAAGAAAUUAACUUAAUUCAAUUUAAUGUAUGA